AUGGUGUCGAGGUUCUUCCAGCUCGUGCUGCUGGCCGGAAUGAUCCUGCUGAUUCCGUCGUUCCUCUACCUCUCACACCCAGCACAACCAGUGCUCAUCGACCCGCAGACAGGCUUGGCCUACUCGUCCGACUCGAUCCUUCAAUCCGGAAAGGGCGAUACAAAUCCACUCGCACAAGUGUCGCAGGGGAAUGGCGCGGAACAGGCUCAUCUGUGGAAUGGCUGGAACUGGCACGAUGCAACCGCCAACGUAGGGAGCGGGGUGCACAAGGUCGAAGAUCAGGUCAAGGGAUUCAUCGACCACUGGAAACCGACCGCGUCAUCUUCUACCACCAAGCAGGACAGCACAAGCGCCGGUCAGGAUGCAAAAUCCAAACCAGCGGUAUCCCCUGCCACAGGUGCGGGUAAGGACACGGAGCGUGUCGAGGGAGUGAUCAUGCCCAAGAUGGGUAACGCCACAGCCAAGGCAGCGCUGGGCAGAUCGACAUGGCACUUCCUGCACACCAUGACACUACGUUUUCCCGACCAGCCAACCAAGCAAGAAUCCGAGACACUGCGCACGUUCUUUCUCAACUUUGCCCAGCUGUAUCCGUGCGGAGAGUGCGCACACCAUUUCCAACAGCUGCUCAAGGAACUUCCGCCCCAGGUGGGCUCGCGCAAAUCCGCAAGUCUCUGGCUCUGCGCACUCCACAACGAAGUCAACAAGAGCCUGGGCAAGGACGAGUUCCCAUGCGAUCAGCUCGACAGCACCUACGACUGCGGAUGUGGUGACGAUCCAAACGCAGCAAAGAACGCAACUUCAACAGCUCCACCACAGCCUGCAACAACUCAAAAUGUCACCCCGUUUUCGUAG